CAAAUUCCUGGUGGGAAGGAUGAGAAGGAACAGGUUUACAGAUCAUAAGGCGAGCGUGGGCUAAGAAGGAAACCCAGGUGGGACGAGGACUUUGAGAGGAAGGUCAGAGGUCACGAAGUUGUGCCUGCAGCUGUUACCAUAGUAACACGCAACCGGAUGUGGCGAUCUUACGGUGCGACAGUCCUCAGACCUGGCCUGAGAGCUUGAUAACUCUGUUGCACACUGUGAGGGGUCGGUUGUGGAGUGCUUUUCAGCGAAAGAAGAGAGGAAUUUUUUAAAGCAUAGGAAAGGUUUGAGAUUGCCGCCAUGCCUGGCAGAGAUCGAGGGAAGCAGCUGAUGUGAAAACUAGCAGCACAAAGGUUCCCGCAGCCUUCCGGAAGUUAAAUGGCGGGAGCUCAGCAGGCGGGUCCGCCGUCCCCCCGCCGGAAGCGGAAACAGAAUCUCAGCGUGCCCCUUUCCUCACUGCCCUCCAAAUCCCGCUACAGCCAUUGCUGCAAUCACAAUGCUGAAACGAAAAAAGCAGAAUCAGCAGCAGCAGCAGCUGCAGCAGCCCCAACUGCCAGAGCGAGAAGAGAUUGGAGACGAAGAGGAUGAGAGUCGCAUCGGACCACCCAGCCUUCUGGGCCCUCCCCCUAUGGCCAAUGGAAAGCCUGGUGACCCCAAGACAGCCCCAAACUGGAAUCCACCCACAUGUCCACCAUCAGUAGAAUGGAUAAAUAAGUUGUUGUAUGUGCAUGCAAUGGGAUACUACACUGCAAUGAAAACGAACGAACUGCUACAGGCAACCUGGAUGAAUCUCACAAACAUGAUGUUGAGCGAAAGGAGCCAGACACAAAAGAAUGCAGACUCUCUUCACAGAGGUCCUCCAGGAUCAAAGGGACCCAUGAUUCCACCACUGCUGAGCCUCCCACCUCCUCCCCGGAACAGAGGCCAUGGUGGUCCCUCCAGGGGAGGCUUUCACAAAGAACAGAGACAUCCUCGAAGGCUCAAAAGCUGGUCACUUGUCAAGAAUACCUGCCCACCCAAGGAUGGACCCCAAGUUAUGGAAGACAAAUCUGACCGCCCUGUCUGCCGACACUUUGCCAAAAAAGGCCACUGUCGAUAUGAGGACCUCUGUGCCUUCUACCACCCAGGCGUCAAUGGACCUCCUCUGUGAGACUGGUGCCUUCCCAUCUAAGCUGGAAGGAGCCUUCUGUGACUUAGCGGCCAUUAAUUUCCCUGUGGCCCUGUGAUGGCUACUCUGAGGCUGUUCCACCCACCACACUCAGUCGGUGACACCCACCCCCAUCCAUCACCUCCCCAUUUGGAGUCCAGAGUUGUGUUUUAUCACUGGUGUGCAUUGUGCACUCUUCUGAUCCAGCCUCCGGAGACUCACCUUCAGGAACCCAUCUUUGCUCCCUUUGCCUCCUGGAUCCUCUUCUCCCUCGCCAACUGACUGCUGAACAGGAAACCUAUUUGGUGCUGUUUUCUCGCGUAUCUGUCCACCCAAUCCCCAGUAAUACCCUUAAUUUCUGAGCCGUGGAGCAGUUUCCUACCAUUCCCUUCUUCCACCUGAUAAAAUGUGUUAAGUCCUUUUUAUGUGAUAUCCACUACCCCCAAUGUUGUCAGCUGCCCUGUGAAAUUCACCAGCUUGUCUGACAAGUCAAGUUUUGAUGACUGGUACAGAGUCACUCUCUGAAAGUCCAAUCUCCCUUUUGUACUUAGUAGUUUCUGCAUCAGUAGCAUGAUCCCUGCCACUUUGGUCUGUGAUUACUGUUUUGUGAAACUUCAUCCCCUUGUAGCCUUUCUUAGUGUCCGUGACAUUUUUGUGAUUUCCCAACACUAGAGUAUUUCUGCCAAAAUGAGUGAGGCUCUCCGUGUCCUCUAGACUUUCUUCACGUCCCUACAUGGGAGAAUUGUGAAACUUUCCAUAAGAUGACCUCCCUGGGCCUCCCAUUCUUCUGGUGUCAGUUUUUCUGGUAAAGCUUCUGAUGGGCUUGCCCUGUCUCCUCUUCACCCCAUUUUAGUCAUUGCGAGGCCACGAGCCCUUUCAUUUUGAAUUCUGUGAAUCUCUGUUUGGCUUACCUUUGGGUGGAACCUGGACAGUACUGUUGCCCUCAUCCAGCCUUCUUCCCCUACAUCCCUGGCACUGGUGGUUUUCUGUGAAAACGGCAGUGAACAGGUUCAGUUUUAAAUUAGCCCUGAAGAUGUGGGUCAGGAGUUGUAUGGGCAAGAGGGAGGGAUGAGAGUCAUUGGAGAACUGAAAAUGAAUUUUUUAAACAUUUUUUUAUAUUGAUAAUAAAUGCAAUGGAAACAAGCAUUUUCUUUAA